AUAAAGGUUUCCAUUUAAGUAGACAGGGUGCGUAGCCGUCGGCCGGGGCAGCAUGCGGCCGGCACCAUCAGUUCUGUGCGCCACUGACGCUAUGGCCAGCGUCGAGGUCGGUGGCGAGCAGGACAAGGAGCAGGCCGAGAAGACGUCGUCCGCCGCCGAUGCCGCCGCCGUGAAGAAGAACCCAUCAGAUGGAGGCGCCACCGGACGGCCGGGAGACUUGGUGGACAGACUCAUCGUGGACGUCCUCAAGGACAACCUGCGGCUGCUGCAGAACAUCAGAGCCAGGAUGGACAGGGUGGAUGUGCAGGAGCCGACGAUAGAGGUGCGGUUCAGAGAUCUGAGCGUGGAGGCGGAGUGCCGCGUCGUCAAGGGGAAGCCCCUCCCGACGCUCUGGAACUCCGCGCUUGCCGCCGUCUCCACCCUUACAGGUAUGCUCGGUUUGAACUACAGCGAGAAAGUGAGGAUCCAGCUGAUCAAAAAUGUCGAUGGGGUCGUUAAGCCAGGGAGGCUGACCCUGCUGCUUGGGCCCCCAGGUUGUGGCAAGACCACACUCCUGCGUGCGCUUGCAGGAAGGAUCGAUAAAAACCUCAAGGUGACAGGAGAGAUCGAGUACAAUGGCGUCAGCCUGAAUGAGUUUGUGCCGGCGAAGACAUCGGCCUAUGUAAGCCAGCGUGACCUUCAUGUGCCUGAGAUGACAGUGAGGGAGACGCUCGACUUCUCUGCAAGAUUCCAGGGUGUUGAUUGGAGAGCAGAAAUUCUGAAGGAGAUUAUCAGGAAAGAGGAGGAGGCCGGGAUUAUUCCUGAUUCUGACAUUGAUAUGUUUAUGAAGGCAAUGUCUAUGGAAAGCUUAGACAGGAGUAUCCACGUAGAGUACAUCAUGAAGAUCUUAGGGCUAGACAAAUGUGCACACACAAUGGUAGGAGAUGCCAUGAGAAGAGGUAUUUCAGGUGGUGAGAAAAAGAGAUUAACUACAGGUGAGAUGAUGAUAGGACCAUCAAAGGCAUUCUUCAUGGACGAGAUAUCUACUGGGUUGGACAGCUCUACUACCUUCCAGGUUCUUUCCUGCCUCCAGCAACUGGCUCAAGUCUCACAAUACACUGUAUUGGUUUCACUUCUUCAACCAGCACCAGAGACAUAUGAACUUUUUGAUGAUGUUAUACUGAUGGCUGAACGAAAAAUUGUAUACCAUGGUCCUAGAAGCUGUAUUCUUAAUUUUUUUGAAUCCUGUGGGUUCAAGUGCCCAAGGAGAAAAGGAGCAGCAGACUUCCUCCAAGAGGUCUUGUCCAAAAAGGACCAAGAACAAUUUUGGAGCUUUGGAGAUGAAACAUACAACUUUGUUACUGUGGAUCAAUUUUGUGAGAGGUUCAAAGCAUGUCAUGUUGGUCAGAAUCUUGCCGUGGAGCUUUUGAAUCCUUUUGCUAAAGCUAAUAAAGCUAAAGCAAAAGCACACAACAAUGCACUAUCUUUCAGCAUCUAUUCAUUAUCCAAGUGGGAGCUUCUCAUGGUUUGUUUUGCACGAGAGCUUCUUCUCAUGAAGAAAAAUGCAUUCAUCUACAAAUCAAAAUCUCUCCAGGUUGGUCUUGUUGCUAUACUUACUGGGACAGUAUUUCUGCGGACACACUUGUCUAAUGAUAGAACUCAUGCUAACAGUUACAUGAGUUCAUUGUUUUUCGCACUUACUUUUCUAAUUGUCAAUGGAUUACCUGAGAUGGCUAUGACAAUUAAUAGACUCCCAGUCUUUUAUAAACAAAGAGACUGCUGCUUCUAUCCUUCUUGGGCUUAUGCGAUACCAGCAUUUUUCACAAAGAUUCCAGUCUCAUUAGUUGAAUCCGUAACUUGGACAUGCAUAACUUACUACCUCAUUGGUUAUACUCCUCAAGCAUCCAGAUUCUUCCGCCAGCUACUUGUGCUGUUCCUCAUGCAUUCAACAGCACUGUCAUUGUUCCGAUGUGUAGUCUCUUAUUGCCAAACAGCACCAGUUUCUUCUGUUGGUAGUACAUUGUCACUUCUAUUCAUUCUUUUGUGUGGAGGUUUCGUCAUUCCCCAAACAUCAAUACCGAAUUGGCUAAAAUGGGUCUUCUGGAUCUCUCCAAUGUCAUAUGGUGAGAUAAGUUUAACUGGAAAUGAGUUUUUAACACCACGAUGGGAAAAGAUUAUGGUAUCAGGUGUUACACUUGGAAGGAGCAUUCUAAUGGACCGAGGGCUAGACUUCUCCAGCAUUUUCUAUUGGAUCUCUGUUGGAGCACUAAUUGUCUUCAUUUUAUUGUUGAACAUAGGGUUUGCCAUUGGAUUAACUACCGUAAGACGGACAUCUCAAGCUCUUGUGUCUCGUGAUAAGCUUACUAUACUACAAGGAAAAGAGCGAGCUAAUUUUGAAGACAUAGUGAACAAAAGCCCAAAGUUACCAAAAGCUGCUCUGGAUACACCUAAUUUUAUUGGGAAGGUCAUACCUUUCAAACCUCUCGGGAUAACAUUUCAAGAUGUCAAUUACUACGUCGAUACCCCUAUGGCCAUGAGGGAGAAGGGAUUUUCAGAUAGUAAACUACAGUUGCUCCACAACAUCACUGGAGCCUUUCAACCAGGGGUUCUCUCAGUGCUCAUGGGAGUCACUGGAGCAGGCAAGACAACCUUACUCGAUGUUCUAGCUGGCAGGAAAACAGGAGGAGUUAUUGAAGGCGACAUUAGAAUAGGUGGCUAUCCUAAAGUGCAGGAGACCUUUGCUAGGAUAUCAGGCUAUUGUGAGCAAACUGAUGUGCAUUCUCCCCAGAUCACAGUAUGGGAGUCUGUUGUGUAUUCAGCUUGGUUGCGUUUGCCAACAGAAAUUGACCCAGAGAUAAGAUAUGACUUUGUUAAGGAAGUUCUUGAAACGAUAGAACUGGAUGAAGUUCGAGACAGUUUGGUUGGACUCCCUGGAGCAAAUGGACUAUCUACUGAGCAACGCAAACGGCUCACAAUUGCAGUCGAGCUUGUCUCCAACCCUAGUAUCAUUUUCCUGGAUGAACCAACAUCAGGAUUGGAUGCGAGAGCUGCUGCUAUAGUCAUGCGUGCAGUGAAGAAUGUUGCCGAUACAGGACGAACUGUUGCAUGCACGGUUCACCAACCAAGUAUUGAAAUAUUUGAGGCAUUUGAUCAAUUGAUGCUAAUGAAAAGAGGUGGAAAGUUAAUUUAUGCUGGGCCACUUGGACAUAACUCAUGCAAGGUCAUCCAGUAUUUCCAGGCUAUUCCUGGAGUACCCAUGAUCAAGGAUGACUAUAACCCAUCUACAUGGAUGUUAGAAGUUACAUCACAAUCCAUGGAGACAUACCUAGGAGUCAACUUCGCUCAAAUAUACAGGGAAUCGUCAUUAUACAAGGACAAUGAUGCAAUUGUCAAACAGCUGAGCAUACCAUCACCAAAAACAAGUGAUCUCCAUUUCCUAAUGCGGUUCCCGCAGACAUUCUGGGAGCAGUUCAAAGCCUGCCUCUGGAAACAAUGUUUGUCACACUGGAGGUCCCCAUCCUACAACUUGGUGCGAAUUGUAAUUGUAGCUCUUUGCAGCCUUCUCUUUGGUGCUCUGUACUGGCAGCAAGGCAACAUAGCUCACAUAAACGACCGGAAAGGAUUGUUCACCAUAUUGGGGUCCAUGUAUUGCACCACUUUGUACACUGGCGUCAAAAACUGCCAAUCAGUCAUGCCCUUUGUCUCCGUUGAACGCUCAGUCAUGUACAGAGAAAGGUUUGCAGGAAUGUACUCGCCUUGGGCCUACUCCUUUGCACAGCUGGCCAUGGAGAUACCAUAUGUGGCAAUACAGGUAGUACUAUUCUUGUUUAUAGCAUAUCCAAUGAUCGGCUAUGCAUGGACAGCCACCAAGCUUUUGUGGUUCUUCUAUACAAUGUUCUGCACAUUGCUGUACUUUGUCUACCUUGGAAUGACGAUUGUAUCACUGACUCCCAACAAUCAAGUGGCCACUAUAAUGUCUUCGAUGUGCUUCAUUACUCAAAACCUCAUGGCUGGCUUCGUAGUGCCUGGUCCACAAAUACCAAAGUGGUGGAUAUGGCUUUAUCGCAUCUCCCCAACAUCAUGGAUGCUGAACGUCCUCUUCACCACGCAAUUCUUGUACGAUGAUGAUAAGAACAUCAUGGUGUCUGGAGAGAUCAUACCUAUGACAUCAUUUGUCAAAAAUUACUUUGGUUAUAGCCGUGAUCUUUUGCCACUAGCAGCUGUUAUGCUGACCAUAUUCCCUAUCCUCUUCGGCACUAUAUUUGCCUACAACAUUUCGAAGCUAAAUUUCCAGAGGAGAUAGAUAUGAAACAGCAGUACUCAUGGAAGCAAGUUCAAAUAUCACUUGUUUUUCACUCUUAAAGAAUCAGUAAUGAUUGUAAUGCGAUGGUAUACAAGGUGUAGUGUUAAAAAUUUCUCCCGUUCCAAGUUGCUUUGAGAAUUCAAGGUAGUUUUCAAUGUAGCCUGUAUACAAGUACACUGACUGCAAAGUCCCCAUGCCGAAGAGGCGUUCAGACAACCCUGCAAACUAUUGGUUUGUUGCCAAUGGUCAGGCUUGAAUGAACGCAAGUUUGCAAGGAAGUAGGAACGCAGCUCACUUCCAGAGACCACGGACCCUUGAGGCAUUCCACAGAUUACAAAAAGUUUGUAGUUGGAUCCUCAUCUUGUGGGAUGUUAGGACAGGAGUAUUGCUAGGCCAUUAUACAUUUGCUUGAAGCCAGUCCGCUGUGAAAAUUUCACCGUCGCAGGAGUCUCUAGAUGAAUCUGCAUGCUCUACUCACAGUACCAUACUUAGAUUUGAGGGGCUAAUAAGCAUUUGGUAUUGUAAUUUAGAACCAUAAGCAUCUGGAUUUGUACUGUCUGCGUUGCUUGUUACUCCAGUAGUCCAGUGUGCUUCAGAACAAAGCAUCAUAUUUUUCUGUCCUAUGGAGUACUUUAAGAACCCUACAA